UGAUAAUAUAACAUCGAUCGAUCUUCGAUGAUUAACCUAACCAUAAAAGUGUUUUUGUUAAAGUUCCGAUCAGACUUUUAUUUUAUCAUCAUUAAUAUUUAAAAAUUUCAAUGUUUUUGUUUUUUUUUAUUCUCAAAAAAUCAUCACCUGAUUUCUGUUGUGUCUUUAGUAAAUAAUGCCAAAAUGGAUCGACAAUCACAACAACAACUUCAAUUGGAUUUAUUUAAUUUGAAUGAUGAUUUUUUAGAUCAAAAUCUUUCAUCAAUGAUAAUGGGUGAUGACCAUAAUCCUAUGGAAUUUGAUCCUACUAUAUUGUUACAAGAUGAAAAUUUUGAUGAAUUAUUUGAUAAUAUUAGUUUGACUGAAACAACUAUUUCCAAUCAACUACCGCAACAGAAAAAUGGUGUAAUAAAUAAUGACGAUCUUGGUGCGAUAAUGCAAGAUUUGUCCGAAAAUUCAACACUGAGCAAUCAGGAUUCGUUUCUUUUAUCUCAACAGCAAUCAACAUCUCCUAAUUUGCAACAGAAUUUCAAUCAACAACAAUUUCAGUUGAAUUCUUUGGCCAAUUCGAAUCAACAAUUUCAAGUUUUUCCGCAACAACAAUCACAGAAUAUUGAUGCUAAUAUUUCUAAAAAUGUUCCAUUUAAAUUCGGACAGCAAUCACCACAAGAUGCUAAUUUCAAGUUUUCUAUGCCAUUCAAUAUUCCACCUGAACAAAAGCCUAUUCCACAACAACCGCAAACCAAAGUACAGAUUGUUAAGCCGACUACAAUACUUCAACCGAAAAAUUCUCCGCAACAACUACCUGUUCAACCAGCUCAACAACUUCACAUUGGAAUCACUGAGAAUGGACAAACUAUAGUAUAUCAAUUACCGACAGCUGCUCAGCCAAGUCCGGCCGUUGUACAAAUAAAAACCGAGCCUCAUGAAUUGAUUCAACAAACUCAAAUUCAACCCGCUCAGCCAGUACUAAUUCAAUCAGCCAAUGGCCCAUUAUUUACAUAUCGCUUAGCUGGUGCCGGAACUUCUAGUUCUUUCGCUACCUCUACGCCAGUACUCAUACAACCAGCGACUACGGCAGCACAAACGCAACAACAACCCAUCAAAACCGAAAUAAUUGACAAUGGAAAAAUAUCUAUUCAACCGUUUAUGAACAAUAAUGAUUCGAUGAAUAUAUCGCAACAAAUAUCAAAUCAAACUAAUCCUCCACCGGAAAAACGUUCAGCACAUAAUGCAAUCGAAAAACGUUAUCGUUCUUCUAUCAAUGACAAAAUACUUGAAUUAAAAACAAUUAUUGCCGGACCAGAUGCUAAACUAAAGAAAGCUGUAAUCUUACGAAAAGUGAUUGAAUAUAUUCAUUUUCUUCAAAAACGGAAUCAAUUGCUCGAAACAGAAGUUAAUGCAUUGAAAAAGCAACUGGAAAUAGCUGGUCUUUCCUCAUCAUCAUCAACAGAUAUCAAUCAACAAUUGCCACCAAUGCCUAACUUUACGAAUAAUACCAGUUUUCCAACUUCACCUGGAUCCGUAUCAUCCUCAUCAUCAUCCUCUUUGUCUCCUGCAUCUUCACCAUCAGGGUUUCAAAAGCCGCCGACACCACCGAGUUUCUAUCGUGAUCCAUCACGUCUCAUGUGUUUUGCUUUGAUUUUGACAGUAGUGACUUAUAAUCCAUUGGGAAGCGUUGUUGAAAAAUCUUCUUCAUUGGUCAAUUACGAAUCAAAUCAUGUUGGUCGAACAAUAUUAAGUUUCAUGUCCGAUUAUGAUACCACAAGUAACACAUCUUUUUGGAUGAAAGCUUUUAAUUUUACCAUUGUCGAUCUAUUCAUCUGGUUGGUUAAUGUUGUUGUUUGUUAUCGUAUCAUUCAGAUGGCCUAUCAUAAAUCGCAUGCUAACAACGAUAGUCAACAACAUCGUCGAUUAAAUUAUGAUCACAAAGUUCAUAAUCAAAGUCUGUCAAAAGGAAAUCAAGCAUUACGUGAUGGUGAUAUUGGUCGUGCUACUGGCUAUUAUCAACAAGCAUUGAAAGAAAUAAGCGGAAAAACAGUUCCAAUAGAUUCGGUUAUAAGUCAACUUUAUUGGAUUGUACGUGCAAUGAUCAUUUUGUAUUUUAACGAAACAAUCGCAUUUAUUCGAUCAUUUUUACCAACAUCAAGCAUAAAUGAUGGUAAAUUGUGUACAUUUUGUGGAUCAUCCGAAUGUGAUCAGAUAAUAGGUCAGCGAAUUGUAUGCUAUUUGUAUGGUCGUUUGACUAUGCUUACAUUGUUGAAAAGUCAAGGUCGUCCAUCAUUACUGUCUUAUGUUUAUGCAUUAACCGGAAUCAAUGAAUCAUUUCGAUUUGAUCAGAAUCAUGAAGAUGGAAAAUGCCAGCGUUCAAUGGCCUAUUUAUUGACGGCAAUUUUGUUCAAACCACAACACAAUCUAUUUGCCAGAUAUUUUUGGCACAAAUCAUAUGCUACAGCUUAUUCAACUAAAUUGUCUCAGGAACAAUUUUUAUUGCGUCCAUUGGGUCGCCGUUAUUUCAUGAAACCUUAUCUACAUUGGUCUUAUGCAUUUGAUAAACCAUCAAUUUUCAUUGAAACCAAAUCAAUCGUUACAUCGAUGAUGGCGUUUAUUGCCGCUAAAUAUCGAAAAUAUUUAAUUAAAAAAUGUAUAUUGACCAUGAUGAAUCCUAGAAAUGGUGUCAAUAUAAAGCUACGCGAAUCUGAGACACCAACGAUUAGCAAAACUGGCAAAAUGGAACAAAUUCCUUUGAUAGAUUUGAUUGAUGAACUCGCAAAAAAUUCCGAACAAUUUGGUGAUGAAACAUCUCUUUGGUGGUCGCAAGUGAUUCGUAUUGGAUUUUAUUGGCUUACUGGAAAUGAUCGAAAGGCUGUUGAAAUCAAAGGUCGAUUUCCAUCAACAUUACGUAACAAUUUACUCGCUUUGUCAUUAAUGUUUGCUAGCUGUUUGAAAAAAUAUGUUUCUAUCGGAAAACAUCCUAAACGUUUGAAUUCGAUUAAACAAAUUGGUCAUUUUCUUCAGUUAUUAGAUCGAGCUUCUUAUGAAUUGCGAAAAUCUUUCGAAUCCAAUUCCAAUUCUAUCAAUGGUGAUGCAUGUGAUGAUUGUCAUGUUCAAUUGGUCGAAGCAUUUCAAUUACUUGCACUUGAUUGGAUUUUAUCAAGUCGAGUAAGACUGUGGCAACACUUUCAAUCAUUGUCGAAUCAAGAAAAAGAUCAACGUGGUAAUAAAGAGAAACAAUUAUUGAUCAUUCGUAAUUAUUCAAUAUCAGCGUUCGGUCAAGAUUUGAAAGUGUUACGAUAUUUAUCGCAAUCGAUGAUGAGUUCAGCUCGUACUAAACUGUAUUACUAUGAAGGCGUAUAUCGAUUAAUUAGUGGUGCCAGCCCAUUCGAAGCUCAACUUUUGUUUGGCCGAGCACUUCGAAAAAGACAUUGUGGUCAAAAAUCACAAAAACUUAUUUGUUCACCAGGCUCACAGGAUGAAUCACCAUCAUCAUUAAGCGAUAUUGAUGAUUAUGCUCGAUCAUUACAGAUGAGUGCAACAUAUAUGCCUGAUCAAUAUUUCAUUAGUACCGGUGAACGUCGUGGAUUAAUUCAAGAGAUCAAUUCAAUACGUAACCAAUAUGGCAGUUUUAAACGUCUUAUUGUUUCAUAAUGUUUUAAUGUAUCAUAUAUUUAAAUUUUUUUUUUGGAUUUUCAUUUAUUCUUUUUAUUUUUAAUUCCUAAUAAACACAACACAAAUAAAUUAUGUCCAUCAAAUAAAUCGAAAUUGAUUAUCAUUUA